UUUUUUCUACGUAGGUAGCGCUAAAAUCGCUAAAGGCAGUGACGCAGAGCUAUUUCAUUGACUGUAUCAACUUGUGAAUUCAGCUCUAAUAUUUCGUGGAUAAAUGUUAUUACCAACAGUGUGUCCUAAUUAAAAGGUUUUAGAUGAGUGACGAACCGCCUGCGGAGCUCUUUGGCUCCGACAGUCUGCCGGAGACUGAUGACGUCAUCAAGGGUGAUGAAACAAUGGAGUUCUCAACAUCCGAGGAAAGUUCUAAGAUGGUUAAUGCCGAUUUUCAGAAGGUAAUGGACUCAAUAUCGGUGUCAGCGGACGGCGUCGAUGUGGACGACGAGAAACUUUUGUCACAGUUUGUCGUGGGCAACCUGGGCGCCGACGACCACCAUCACGGACCCACCGCCGCCGAAGAGUCAUCCUCUUCCUCACUGGCCGAUGAGAAAGCGCUGCUUGAAUCGGUGCUGGCACGCGCCGCCAAUAGUGACCAGGUGGCGACACUCGGUGACCAGGUGGCGACACUCGGUGACCAGGUGGCGACACUCGGUGGCCAGGGGAGGACACUUGGUAGCCUUGUGGGGGCACUCAGUGGUCACGUGGCGUCGCCGGCUGCCGGCGAUGAGACGCCGGAGGAGACGAUGCAGGUGGAGAGGUUGAUGGAGUCUAUACAUAGUGGAAGCAGUAAUGAUGAACCAAAGGUGGCAGUUGGCAGCAGUGAUGUGAAGGAAGAGGAGGAGGAGAGGGAGGUGGAAGCAAUGGAGGUGGACCAGCAGUCGAAUCAGCUGAUUAUAACUGAAACGAGGGGUGCAGCAGCUGAUACUGAAACUUUCCUACAACAGUCACUGCAAGGUGAUGAUGACACAAUAUCAUCUACAACAAUGGCUGUCCCAACGACAACAACUGACCAAAGUUUGACGUCACUGCAGGCGGCUGCCGACAUAUUUGGCGACGACGAAGAAGACGAUGAUGACGUCAUCAAAGCAGCCGGGAUGCAGUCAUCAACUGCCGACGACAACGGAAGCCAGCAGACGGUGAUGACGGCACUGGUGGGUGGAGGGGAUGUGAUAACGGCAUCCGGUGGAGGGGAUGUGAUGACGUCAUCGUCAUCGGGUGGAGGCCAGCUGAUGACGUCAUCGGUGGUGAGAGAGGAGGAAGAGCUGACGUCAGUGGAGGAUGUGCUGUCGGCAUUGCAUUCGGAGCUGGAUGAGGAGGAGGAGGCUACGAGAGGAGGAGGAGGUGGGGGAGGAGGAGGAGAGGUGAUCAAGAAGGUGGAGGAGAAGUCCAAGUGGAAAUUGAAAGUGGAACAACAGCGACAGCUGCAGCAGGCACAAGUCACAAAGCCGGCUAAACCAUCCUCAAGACGGCGCCAGCGGUCCGAUGUACAAGUGCUUGUGAGCGGCUGCAAGUCGACUACUAGCUCGCAGCGGGGAGCGGCGCAACUAGCGGUGGGAAGUCGCCGCCGCCCGAAUCCGUUGAUAUUCAAGCGGUGGGCGCGCAAACUUUGCCAGGGAUCGCAACAGUUGGCCUAUACGGCGCUCAUCUGCGAACUGCAUUUUCGGCCGCAGGAUAUCAGGGAGGUAUUUGUUAACGGCAAAAAGAAGUGGGUAUUGACCGAGGGUGCCCUGCCCAAACCGUUUACAGCGUCGGCACUGGCAGCAGCGGCUGCACAAGGUGGCAGCCUUGCAGCACUGCAAGCUGGCAACGCCGCAGCUGCGGCGAUGACGUCACCAGGUGGCAAACGACCGGUCGGCCGGCCGAGUGGCCUGUACAGGCAACAGCAGUUCGAGGCCCUCCAAGCCGCACAGGCCAGGGCUAACAAGCUGCAACGGGAGAACUCAGUCAAGACGCUGUGGUUGAAGAUGAGAAGACAAGUACAGCUGAACUGCUGUACACACUAACUGACAACGCGGAAUCAGCUGAGUGACGUCCCAAUCAGCUGACAAUGCAGCUGUUGCCGCUUCAGCUGUUUCUCCUUCGGACAGUCAAA